AUGGCCAGGACGCAAGUCGAACCUUGUCCCAUGAACUCACAACCCGCCCAACCUCAGAGUAUGGCAUGCCGGAGCGUCACAGCAACGGGCUGGAAAUAUCGACCGUUUGGUGUCAAGAAUGGCCAACAGCAAAUACCGGCACCAAGGAAUGGAGUGGCCAGCCCACCGAUCCACGGCCCCGCAGGGAUGGUUUCUAAAACGGGCUUCCACUGGGGAGACCACCGCCCCGCCAUCUACACGCGUCAGCAGCCGGAACAUCAUUCCAAUUUGGCGUCACUACCAACGUGGCCUGUCUACCCUGCCGACUUGGAGGUCCAGAGACAGAACCAAGGCGAGAUUUAUCGCAUGAGCUGGUAUGGAGCCUCUCCUGCAGCUGCAGGAGGAACCUCCUGGCCGCAACAAGCCCAACAAUCAUCUCCAACGACGACAGCGUUGUGCCUGCCCGGAACAUCGAAUCAGAUGCCACCGCCUCUGACAGGUGACCUAUCAGGAACCAAUCGAAUAACAGCUGGUGAUCAAGCUGAAAAGAAGCCUGGACCAGCUGCUCGUCCGACUCGAGUCGCAUAUCCCCACCAACGGGGGAUGAUGUCCAUUUGGCGCGCUAAAAAUCGUCCAGGCAGUCAGCCGCAGGCAAAGUCCAGGCUACGACACGUAACGCAUAGCAAAGACACGAAUGAAAACCAAGCGUCGGGGGUACCUAAUCGGACGGAUAGGGUCUCGAAGGUGCCCUUCAAUCGAGAGCGUCGACUUAAUCAGGCUGGGCCGGGAACAGCUUUCCCUGCGGGCUUAGAGCGGGUAGUGAUGGAACUCCCCCCUAUUAGAGAGUGCUUUCCCGAUGUUUUUGGGAAUAUCGACUGCGCUUCCGCAAACCGUUGA